AUGGCUAGUAAAGUUAUGGCAGCAGAAGCUCAAAAAGUAGUGGUGAUCCAGGACGCAUCUAAAGAUCUCGUUAGCUCGAGAACAAUUCAGUCAGUUUUGCUACACUUAUCACAUAAUCCUGGGGAUGAACUUACAAUUCUUGCAGUUCUUCACCAGGUUAAUAACCCUAGUACGUUAGCUGGGAGACUGUUGGGAUACAGGACCAAAAUGGAUUCCGGUUCAGUUUUUGGAACGAACCAGAAAGUCAUCGAGGAAGAGAUUGAGAGGAAAACGGAGGAGUAUCGUAACAAAGUGGAAAUCACAAUGAUUACUCAGAUAUGUGAAAGCGUGGAGAUUAAGUUCCACAUGGAGGUACUCGCUGGUCCGUCUCCGAAGAUGGUUGCUGCAAAGGCUGCAAAAAGAUUAGGGGCAACAUGGGUGAUUCUUGAUAGACAAAUGAAGAAAGACAAGCAAUUCUUCAUGGAGAAUUUGACAUGUGGUAUAUCGAGGAUGAAGCGUAACAACUCUGUUGAAAAACUGAGAGGGCCAAAACCAAUUGAGACCGGCAAGCCAGUGCUCAAAAACCGCAGCAAAUCAACCACCAUGAGACGUAUCAAAGAACAUGUAAGAUAUGAUGAAAUGAUACCUGGAAGCCCUGAUGAAGAACUCUCUCCUAAAAGUAAGAAAAUUCCUCCAAAUACCGGUGAAGGCAAAGAACAAGAUGGUGAUGGUCGUGGACAGCCAUGGCCUAAUUAUAGGAAAUCUACCUCCUCAUCAAAUGAUCAGCUGACAAAGUCAAGCAUUGAGAAUACUGAAACCUUGCCUUAUCAUUUUCAAGAGGAAGAAGUAACUACAAAUGUUGGAAGAGAAAAAGCAGGAGUCUCUCCUCCAGCUGCAGGGGUUAAAGCGAGGGAUCAAGAAGAAACAUAUACAGAUGGGAGCCAAAAUGAAUCUAAACAGCAUAGUUACAAGAACGAUUGGACUGGAGAAUUUCAAGCAGAUGAGGAUUUUAAAAAUGCAACCUGCACAUUUUGCAAUAAUCAACGACCAAAGAUUGGAUGGAAGAGAGAUUUUACUUAUGCAGAACUCCAGGCUGCCACUGAUAGUUUUUCUGCAAAGAACUACCUAUCUGAAGGUGGAUUUGGUUCGGUCUAUAAAGGAGAACUCAAUGGGGUGAAGAUUGCUGUAAAACAACAUAAAAAUGCAAGCUUUCAAGGAGAGAAAGAAUUUAAGUCUGAAGUUCAUGUACUCAGCAAGGCAAGACAUGAAAAUUUGGUUAUGUUGUUAGGAUCAUGUUCAAAAGGAAGACAGAGGCUUCUUGUUUAUGAAUAUGUUUGCAACGGGUCUUUGGAUCAACAUUUAUCAACACAUCCCAACAACAAACCUCUCAGUUGGGAUAAGAAGAUCAAAAUCGCUACUGGAGCUGCAAAAGGGUUAAAAUAUUUGCAUCAGAACAACAUCAUCCAUAGGGACGUGAGACCAAACAACAUUCUCGUGACGCAUGAUUAUGAAUCUCUGUUAGGAGAUUUUGGCCUUGCAAGAACUCAACAUGAAGACCCGGAUCUAUCAUCUGACACAACAAGAGUAGUCGGAACUUUGGGAUAUUUGGCACCAGAAUAUGCAGAAAGUGGAAAAGUGUCAACCAAGACAGAUGUUUAUGCUUUUGGGGUCAUUCUAUUACAGCUUAUCACAGGAAUUAGGCCUACAGACAAAAAGCUUGGAGGAAAAAGUCUUGUGGGAUGGGCAAGACCACUAUUGAAAGAAAGGAAUUACCCUGAUUUAAUCGAUCCAAGAAAUGCAGACGCGCAUGAUGUGCACCAACUUUAUUGGAUGGUUCGAAUAGCAGAGAAAUGUCUCACCAGGGAUCCUCACAAGAGACUAACCAUGGAUACGGUAGCAGUUGCUUUAGAUCAACUGAAUGAAGCUAACCAAACGUGCAUCAUUGGAGACUUCUCCCCAGCACAUUCGGAAUCUGCUGGAAGCGUACUAGGCUCUUCUGAAUCACAUGGUGGAGAAGGUGACAAUUACAUUAGUAUCGACAUUACUCCAUCUGGAAGCUAUAUGAAUCACCCGACCGGAAAACUCUUGCCAAUAUCGCCUUCUCCUCCACCAACAAGUUCAGAAAAGUCAUGCUUCUCCAUUGUGUCAGAGCAGUCCACCUUAGAUAGUAGUGCAAGUGUCGAAGACAAGAGAUAA